AUGAAAUCGAGAUUACUUGCUACCAAAAACUCAAUGCAAAGAGAUGUCCCUUUGGGCACAUCUAAGUUUCCCAGAUUUGUCUUUAGGUUUGAACGGGGCUGUGUGUGUGUAUUUGAGAGAUUGAAAUCUAUGGCCGUUUCCAAUGCAGUCCAUGUCAGUUCGAAGCUUCAGAGAUGGUAUCGGAUACAAAUGAUCAGUCUUCUUCGCCUGCCGAUUUCUGCGUUGCGAGAUUCUGCGUCCAAUGCAGACAGCAUCUCCGAUCCGCUGCAGAAUUUUAAGGAGAAACACCACAGUCCAGAAGACUACUCUCUUCUUGCAGCCAUUCCCUUGUUUCUCUUCCCAGCUCUUGGAGCUUGGCUUUUUGGUUACGAGAUUGGUGCAACUUCUUGUGCCAUUAUUUCUAUUAAGUAUCCUACGCUAAGUGGGAUCUCAUGGACUGUUUUUGCUCUGUGCCGUCAGAUUACCGAAUUGAUUGUUGUGGUAGACCCUGGAUUUAGAAACCUGCCAAGCUCACAUGUAACUCGCCAUUCAGGAAGUUACGAGAUAGCUCGCGUCUUAUAA